AUGGUGCAGAACGGGGGCUCUGGGGAGGCAGCAGGCUGGGCCCAGGGAAUGCAGCAAGCGCCUUCAGGUGGCAGGGCCCGCGAGUGGGGAGUCCUUUCCCGGGUGGAGUGGAGUGGAGAGGGGCGCGCAGGCAGGCUGGGCGUAAAAAGCGAGGCCCGUUUCCCUGGCUCUGUCUGGACCCCGGCCCGCAGAGGCAGCCUGCUAGCCCGUGGGGGAGGCGGCCUACGAAGUGCCCAGGGAGCGGCCAGUCCCCGCCCUCAGCGCAGGUGCCCCGAGCCAGGUGAGCCUGCCUGGGCUGGGGCGCGACGAGCACGCGGACGAAGGUGGCAUCUCGGGGCAGCGGAGGGCGUGUCCUGUGAAGUCCCAGGACCGCGCGUCCAGAAGGGACCCAGCGUCCGCGGGGCGACAGCCCGUGGUGAGGUGUGCGUGGCGUUCCGUGGCCACGACCUGUCCCCCGUGUCCUGUCCUGACUUCUGCUGUGGCACCUGUGAUGACCAGUACUGCUGCUCGGACAUGCUGAAGAGGUUUGUGUGGAGCGAGCAGAGCUGCGCGGGACCUGCAGACAGGUGGGUGCACGGGGGGCCGUGUGUGCGAGGAGCACCCCCCUGCCCCGAGGCCCUGGGACUUGGCUUUCAGGUGGCCCAUGGGGUUUCUGACGCCCAGCUAGGAGAGGGCCUGGCCCUGGGGAUGGUGGGCACCGUGGACGGUCUAGGUGCGCGCCCGGUUGUCACCACCACGGCCACCACUGUGGUGCACGCCCCCUACCCUCAGCCUGUGAGCGUGCCACCCAGCUACCCGGGGCCGACCUACCAGGGCUACCACCCCAUGCCCCACCCAGGCAUGCCAGCAGCACCCUACCCGACGCAGUACCCACCGCCCUACCCGGCCCAGCCCGUGGGCCCCCCGGCCUACCACGAGACCGUGGCUGGAGGUGCGGCCGCACCCUACCCUGCCAGCCAGCCUCCUUACAACCCGGCCUACAUGGACCCCCCGAAGGCAGCCCCCUGAGCGGGCCCCUGCCCGGAUGCCGUGCGCGUGCGUGUGCGUGAGUGCGCGUGCUCUCCUGCACUGACAGGGCGGGAAGGGUCCUCGCCGGAGCAGGCCGGGACCAGCGUUCUCUUCCUCACUUAAAACUUGGCCGUCUCCAGCAGACUCUCGGGUGGGAGUCCUGGCCCAGCUCAGGCCUGUCACACCAGGCUGGCUAGCACAGCUUUCUGUGGGCACGAUGCAUGUCCUGGUGUCAGCCAAGUAGCCACCUCUGCUCCCGGCCGUGGCUCGUCCCGGGUCUUGGGGUGCCCCUCAGCCGGGCCAUGCAGCAGCCCUGCAGGUGGAGCUUAGGUCUGCCCAGAGCCUCAGCCUUCAGGCAGAUGCCCUGCUACUCCUGGUAGCCAUGCCCCAUGGGGUCUGUCUUCCUUCGGGCAAGGCCUCAGCCAGACCCCGCACCUGCCCGCCCACAGCUGUCUGCCCGCCUUCCUCCUGGGGCCACCCAGACCACAUCCGCUUUCCUUCUAGAUGCCCACAGGAGAUGCCUGCCCUUGCUGGCCCUGAACCUGCUGCAGGUGGGCAGGGCGGCCUCUGUCCACCGACACACUCAGGUCUCCUCCCUGCAGUGUUUUUAGCCAAACAUUUGGUCUGUUCUGUUUAAAAUGCGUGUGAUGGUUGAUGUGAGGCUGAAACCCCAAUCCAAGCUGUUAGUCCCCGCUUCCCUGAAGCCCAGGCUCACGGAUGUCCGCUCCCUGUACCCCAGGAUCGCCUGGGCCACAGCGUCUGGACCGGGGUGUGGGGCAGCUCUGGCCGGCGCGAAGACCUUGGUGUUCCCUGUUGCCCUGUCCGUCUCCCAGCUGGUAGCUUUGCGUCUGUCGGUGUGUGUGCGGCUCGGGUCUGCAGAGUUUAUAAUAAACGCAAACAUUUGGA